UAAAUUCCUGGAUCACAUCUGAUAUUUUUGUGUGUGUUUAACGAAAGCAAGCCCACUUAUUUAAACUUAAAAUGGGUAAUGACGAGUCGGAAGCGACAAUGGAUGAGCCGCAGUAUGCGUGCCUCUUCUGUGUCAUGGGCGUCACAUCGGCCAUAGUCUUCACGGCGAUGGGCGCUGCUUAUGGAACGGCCAAGUCUGGUCUGGGUGUAGCACAGAUGGCUGUAAAGCAUCCGGAACUAAUUAUGAAGUCUAUUAUACCGGUUGUCAUGGCUGGCAUCAUCGCCAUCUAUGGCCUUGUGGUUGCUGUACUCCUGGCGGGUCAAUUAUCCGAACGUUAUAACAGUUUCCGAGCCUUCCUCAAUCUGGGCGCUGGUAUUGCUGUGGGUUUGUCGGGCAUGGCUUCCGGUUUUGCCAUUGGCAUUGUGGGCGAUGCUGGAGUGAGGGCAUCUGCGCUGCAGCCAAAGCUAUUUGUUGGAAUCGUUUUAAUACUGAUUUUUGCCGAAGUCCUGGGUCUUUACGGCUUGAUAGUGGCCAUCUAUCUGUUUACCAAGUGAAUGGAAUCCACUUCCAAGUUUGAUUAGAUGUUGUGAUCAUAAAAUAUAGCAUGUUGAGCUUGUUUACUUGAUG